CUUAUAUCAUACAAAAAGUGGUUUGGGUACGAUCUCUCGGAUACCCAUUGAGAAAAUUCAAGUAAAUUUUUUUUUCUCUGGUGCUUUGGUUAAUAAUCUUUCACAACUCAUCCGAUGAAUUGUGCUUUCGGAUGGUGCCGAAGAAUCUUUUCCUCGCCACAUAGCCUAAAUUCUUCCAUACAAAGGGCAUAUCAAAGUACUUUCCAAGCCGGCGAUUUCUGUAUACUUCGAAACGUAAAGUCCAAUAAGAAGUAUUUUGUCGGUCCUCUGGAAGCUGAUGCCAAACGUGAUCUGAGAGGAGCCAUCGUCCCUCACAGCGACAUUAUCGGUCAAUCACCUCGCGCCAUCGUUCGUACCAACAUUGCAACGGCGGCUUAUAUGGCUCAUUUCCCGACGCUUGAUGAAUACGUCUUGAAUGUUCCACGCGCUUGUACGCCUAUCUAUCCCAAGGAUGCUUCCACUAUUGUCGAGUUGCUGGAUCUGGAACCCGAUCAGCGUAUUCUUGAAGCCGGCACAGGCAAUGGAUCGCUCACACUGUAUUUGGCCCGCGCUGUGGGAUUAGCCGGAAGGAUUGACACCUUUGACGUACGAGAACAACAUUCGCGUGCUGCGCAAAAGCAUGUUGAACGAUUUCGGCGGGGUCGUUACCGCGACACGGUCCACUUCCAUCUUGGAUCGGUAGGCGAGACGCUAUCAUCCACCCUUCGCGAGAGAGAGGAAAUUUAUGACGGCAUUGUUCUUGACAUGCCGGAACCGGUAGAAGAGCUACCACGUGUCAUCCCGUACCUGAAGAACGACCGAUUUCUGGUAUGCUAUCUUCCGAACAUGACUCAAGUACUGGACCUUCUGGAUGCCGUUCAAUCCUUACCGCUUGCCAUGGAAACCUGUAUCGACACGGAAUGGAAAGAAUGGGAAGUGCGGCCGACGGUCAUCCGUAAACGGCAGGCUGAACAGGACACGGAAAUGCAAGGCACAAAAAACAUUGGUGCCUGGGUUUGCCGACCGAAGAAUUUCGAAGUGCGGGGCCAUACAGCCUUUCUUGUCAAGUUAAGAAAAUGCGCUUAAUGAUCCCGUGUCCUUUGACCUACAAAAAGAUAGACAUUGAUAGAUUGUAAAUAAGCACAUAUGCAUUUCUCAUUUAAAAAAAUGUUCCACCGUAAAUCAUAUUUGUCAUUCUAACAGACAAGCAAGCAUGUCAAAAAAGAAAAGCGAAAUAGCAUACUGCGUUUCUGAACAAAAAAAUUGUCAUACAU